GGUAGGUAAAUUGGAUCAUAAGUAGAUUAAGAAUAAUAAAGAACAUUCUAUAUAAGGAAGAGACAUAGUCAGAAUCUGUAGUUCCUAGGCUUAUAGUGUUAGAAUUGGAAGGAACCUAAGAGGCCAUCUAUUCCCUACUCCUCAUUUUGCAAGUGAAGAAUCUGAUGCUUAGAUGAAGUGAUUUGCCCUAGAUCUCAAAUCUCCCAUAUCUCAAAUAUAUACUGUGCAGAGCUGGAUUUAGUAUGGAUCUUUUGAUUCCAAACUUGGUACUCUGGCUAUUGCACCUACCUCCCAAAGACAGGGUGGAGUAACAUACAAUUGGAAGGGACCAGCUGUUCCUACCCUUUUAGCAAAUGAAGAUACCAAAUCUUGGAAAGGGAACAUGAAGAACCUAAUUUUGCACAGGUGGUAAAUGGUAGAGUUGGAACUCCAAUUCAUGGACUUCCUAAUUGAAGUUCUGAAUUCUUUCCUCUCUAUAAAGAAUGAUUGUAUUUCCUAUUUCACUUUCUUCCUCAUCUCUUUUCUGACAGACAAAUUACCUACAUGGGACCAGGAAAUCAAACAUGCGUCUCUGAAUUCUUCCUCCUGGGAUUUUCUGAGAAGUCAGAGCAUCAGUUACCUCUCUUUGGGCUGUUCCUGGGCAUGUAUAUUGUCACCUUGUUUGGGAAUCUGCUUAUUAUGCUGGCUAUUGGCUCUGAUUCCCAUCUUCACACACCCAUGUACUUUUUCCUUUCUAAUCUGUCCUUGGUGGAUCUUUGUCUGGUGUCCACUACAAUCCCCAAGAUGUUGGCAAACAUCCUGAUACACAGUAAGGCCAUCUCCUAUGCUGGCUGCCUCACACAGAUGUAUUUCUUUCUAAUCUUUGCUUGUAUGGACAAUUUCCUUCUUUCUGUGAUGGCUUAUGAUCGCUUUGUGGCUAUCUGUCAUCCUUUGCGCUAUGUAGCCAUCAUGAACCCACAGCUUUGUGGCCUAUUGGUUCUGAUCUCCUGGGCUCUUAGUCUUUUAAUUUCUCUCCUUCACAAUCUCAUGGUGAUGCAUCUCUCUUUCUGUAAAGACCAUGAAAUCCCAAACUUCUUCUGUGAUCUUACUCAGAUUCUGAAGCUCUCUUGUUCUGAAACCCUCACCAACAACAUUUUGGUUUAUUUUACAACCGGCCUCUUGGGUAUUGUCUCUGUCACAGGGAUUCUUACUUCCUAUACUCAGAUCUGUUCAUCUAUUUUGAAAAUCCCAUCUGCUGGGGGGAAGUAUAAAGCUUUUAUUACCUGUGGGUCUCACCUCUGUGUUGUUUCAUUAUUCUAUAGCACAGUUUUUGGAGUAUAUAUGACCUCCUCAGCUACCCAUUCUUCUUGGAAGAGCAUGGUUGCCUCAGUGAUGUACGCCGUGGUAACCCCCAUGUUGAAUCCCUUUAUCUAUAGCCUGAGGAACAAGGACAUAAAGGAUGCCUUAAAGAAAUUCAUUAGCAGAUCUUCCUCCUCUCAAUGAAAGACCAUAGUACUGGGUCUAGGAAUGUGACUCUGAAAGCUGAGACCAAAUACCCAAAUGAGAAGUUCAAAACUCUCCAGGGUUCU